AUGGACCGCGGAGCUGCCGCGGCCCAGGGCACUGCCCCGCCUCAGGAUGGAGAGCAGCCCGCUGAGUCUCCAGAGCCUCCGCCGCCUUGGCCGCCGCCACCACCACCACCGGCUCCGCCGCCGGCUCCGCCGCUGCUCUCCGAGCCUUCGCCAGAACCUGUACCAGAGCCCUGUCCAGAGCCUGCUCCAGGACCCUGUCCGGAAGCGACCUCAGAACCAGCUACAGAACUGUACACGGAACCGACCCCAGAACCAGCCACAGAGCCGGCGCCAGAACCUGCCACAGAGCCGGCCCCAGAACCUGCCACAGAGCCGGCCCCAGAACCGGCCCCAGAACCUGCCAUAGAGCCAGCCCCAGAGCCUGCCACAGAGCCUGCCCCAGAGCCGACUCCAGAACCUGCCCCAGAGUCGGUCCCAGAGCAGGCCCCAGAGCUGACUCCAAAAGUUACCCCAGAGCCGGCCCCAGAGCCGACCCCAGAACCUGUGACAGAGCUGGCCCCAGAGUUCUGCCCUGAGGUGCCUCCAGAGUCCCGUCCGAGUCCAGCACCAUGUCUAUUGCAAUGUCCGGUGGACACUCGAGAGAGGGGUCUAAAGACCUCGCCAUCGCCAUUGCCAUCGCCCAGAACGCCAAUGUCGUGGUCCAGAAUAAAGGUAAGCAAAAGACCCCCUGGAGCGCGGAAAAGAAGCAAGGCGAAGUCAGAUGGCUAUGGAGCCCGCGGGACUCCAGGUACCCCUUGCAUCCCGCUUGUCUGGCACUGGCUGGCCAAGAUGCUGAGAAAGAUGCAGGGAUUGGGGAACCCGGGGGAAUGGGAAGGGCCGCGGUCACUGCCGCAGAGGCCCAAGCUGCGGAGCCGCCGCCUGCUUGGCCCCCCUCCCUUCCACUGGGGAGGGGGCUCCUCAGCUGGGCGCAACUGGCGGCGCUCCAGGGAGGUGCCCGGCGCCUCUGCCGGCUGCUGCGAGCCGGUACUCCCAGUGGGGACUAGGGGAUGGGCGGUGCCCACGCGCACUGCAGGGGAAGGGCAGAGUUCUCCGGGAGGAGGGGGAGAGCAUGCGUGUGUCGAAGCCACCAUUCCAUCUGUCUGCAGGAUUUCCCAGCAGGAAAAUGUCAUUGCCAGACAGAUGAGGAGGAUUAAGAUACCUGCAGCAGAAAACAACCCUUUUCUUGUUGGAAUGCACUAUUGGUACUCCAGCUACAGCCACCGGACUCAGCACUGCAAUGUUUGUCGAGAGAGCAUUCCUGCCUUAUCCAGAGAUGCCAUCAUCUGUGAAGUGUGCAAAGUGAAAUCUCACAGAUUAUGUGCUUUGAGAGCAAGCAAAGACUGCAAGUGGAAUACAUUGUCCAUCACUGAUGACCUCCUUCUGCCCGCAGAUGAAGUAAACAUGCCCCAUCAGUGGGUAGAAGGAAAUAUGCCUGUUAGCUCUCAGUGUGCAGUAUGUCAUGAGAGCUGUGGCAGUUAUCAGAGACUUCAAGACUUCCGCUGCCUGUGGUGUAAUUCUACGGUGCAUGAUGACUGUAGGAGACGGUUUUCCAAGGAAUGUUGCUUCGGAAGCCAUCGCUCAUCAGUCAUUCCUCCCACUGCUCUAAGUGACCCCAAAGGCGAUGGCCAAUUAGUAGUAUCUUCGGACUUCUGGAAUCUUGAUUGGUCAUCAGCCUGUUCAUGUCCCUUGCUCAUCUUCAUCAACUCCAAAAGUGGCGAUCAUCAGGGGAUCAUCUUCCUCCGAAAAUUCAAGCAAUACCUUAACCCAUCUCAAGUGUUCGACCUAUUGAAGGGUGGACCUGAAGCAGGGCUGUCUAUGUUCAAGAACUUUGCUCGCUUUCGCAUUCUGGUUUGUGGUGGAGAUGGCAGCGUGAGCUGGGUCUUAUCUCUGAUUGAUGCCUUUGGAUUACAUGAAAAGUGUCAGCUGGCAGUCAUCCCACUUGGAACCGGCAAUGAUCUGGCUCGUGUCCUGGGCUGGGGUGCAUUCUGGAACAAAAGCAAGUCACCUCUGGACAUCCUCAACAGAGUGGAGCAGGCUAGUGUGAGGAUCCUAGACAGAUGGAGUGUGAUGAUUCGUGAGACUCCCAGACAAACCCCACUGCUAAAAGGACAGGUUGAAAUGGAUGUACCACGAUUUGAGGCUGCUGCCAUCCAACACUUAGAAUCUGCAGCCACCGAGUUGAACAAAAUCCUGAAGGCCAAGUACCCCACAGAGAUGAUCAUCGCAACCAGAUUCCUGUGUUCAGCUGUGGAAGAUUUUGUGAUUGAUAUUGUAAAGGCCUGGGGUCAGAUAAAACAGAACAAUACAGCAAUAGUGUCUGUGAUUUUGAAAAGUGACUUAAUGUAUGAUAAGCUCAGUGUCCUGAUCGAUGUCCUGGCUGAGGAGGCAGCAGCUACUUCUUCUGAGAAAAGUGCUACAGUAUAUGCAGACAGCAGCAAGGCAGAUAGGAAGCCCUUCGUUCUUCAAAUAGAUCACAUAGCCAAGUGCAAGUUGGAGCUGGCCACAAAGGCCCAGAAUCUCCAGAAAUCCUUGAAACUCAUCAUGUUCCAAGUUGAACAAGUUCUGGAUGAGGAAAGCAGACAGACAAUAUCUGUUAAGAACUUUAGUUCAACUUUCUUCCUGGAAGAUGACCCAGAAGAUACUAACCAGACAAGCCCACGACGCCGUUCUCGUCGUGGCACUUUGUCUGCUAUAUCUUCUCUCAAAAGUGAGGACCUAGACAACCUUAACUUGGAUCACUUAUAUUUUACACCUGAAUCUAUACGCUUCAAAGAAAAAUGUGUCAUGAACAACUACUUCGGAAUUGGACUGGAUGCUAAAAUUUCUCUGGACUUCAACACCAGAAGAGAUGAACACCCAGGGCAAUACAAUAGCCGCCUUAAGAACAAGAUGUGGUAUGGCCUUCUGGGAACCAAGGAACUUUUGCAGCGCUCUUACAGGAAACUGGAAGAACGAGUGCAUUUGGAGUGUGAUGGAGAAACCAUCUCCUUGCCAAACCUGCAAGGCAUCGUAGUGCUCAACAUUACCAGCUAUGCCGGAGGUAUCAACUUCUGGGGAAGCAACACAGCAACCACGGAAUAUGAGGCUCCUGCAAUCGAUGAUGGGAAGCUGGAGGUGGUGGCAAUCUUUGGCUCUGUGCAGAUGGCAAUGUCCCGUAUCGUCAACCUGCAUCAUCAUCGCAUUGCCCAGUGCCAUGAGGUGAUGAUAACCAUUGAUGGCGAAGAAGGUAUCCCAGUGCAGGUGGAUGGGGAGGCCUGGAUUCAGAGACCAGGCCUUAUCAAGAUUAGAUACAAGAAUGCUGCUCAGAUGCUGACAAGAGAUCGGGACUUUGAGAACUCAAUGAAAAUGUGGGAGUACAAGCAUACUGAAAUUCAAGCUGUCCCUCAACCCCAACUGGACUCCCAGGACUCUCAAGAGAGCCUCUCUGAUGAGGAAUAUGCCCAGAUGCAGCACUUAGCUCGGCUUGCAGAAAACCUCAUCAGCAAACUUAAUGACCUGAGCAAGGUCCACCAGCAUGUGUCUGUCCUCAUGGAUUCUGUGAAUGCCAGCGCUAACAUCCUGAAUGAUAUAUUUUAUGGCCAAGACAGUGGCAAUGAGAUGGGCGCAGCUUCCUGUAUUCCCAUUGAAACUCUAAGCAGAAAUGAUGCUGUAGAUGUUACAUUUAGUCUUAAAGGGCUCUACGAUGACACCACAGCUUUCCUGGAUGAAAAGCUGCUGAGAAGUGCUGAGGAUGAGACCGCACUACAAAGUGCCCUGGAUGCCAUGAAUAAGGAGUUCAAACAACUAUCUGAGAUUGACUGGAUGAAUCCAAUCUUUGUUCCAGAGGAAAAAUCUUCGGACACUGACAGUAGAAGCCUCAGGCUGAAAAUUAAGUUCCCCAAAUUGGGAAAGAAAAAGCUAGAAGAGGAACACAAGCCUAAAUCACGCCAGAGUGUCCAGAGUUUUGUUGGUAAUCUGUGGCACCGCAGACAUUGUGAAGAUGAAGCAAAGGGCGAUGAUCCUCUAACACCAUCAAGAUCUCAACUGUAGCCCUUGAAAGCUGGAAGAACUCACAACAUUGAGAAUUCUACUUAAAAAACUCUCAAAACCUCAAUACAGGCUAGACUAAAUCACUUCAGAACAAACAUGAGCACCACCAAGAAAAACCCUCCAAUUCUUUUCACUAGUGCAUUUUUCUGGACUUAAUCUGGUCGCCUUAGAGGUUUACAUUUCCUCAUUGGCCAAAGGUUCUUGUUCCGAGUUGUCUUGUUCAGUUCUCCUUCUCUUUGUGCAUCUUGAGGAACUAUAAUAUUUAUUGGGAUAAGUGCUUUAUGAAUGGCCUGGGAUCUAUAAAGGAUUCAAGGGAGUUCACCUCUUCAGGGAGUUUUGGAAUGGUUUUCUCUGACCAGCAGAGAAACUAUCAAUCCUAAGGAAUGAAUGAAAAGACACACAGACUCCCAGGGAGAUGAAGAGAAGGGGGCAGGCAGGACAGCCAGGCUUGGUUGUGUGUCUCUCCGAAUCCCUGAUAACUGCAAUUUGCACCUUCAGAUCUCUUCUAGCUGGCUCAUUAAAAUGAGAACUAGAUCCUGGGGGCUUGUCCACUUUCCUGUUAAGAUGACCAUGUGAAAUCUCUUCUUGUAGAUGUGGUGACCUCUCUCUCUCUCUCUCUCUCUGCAAACCCUUUGUGUUUUUCCAUGUGUGCUUCUAUGUCUGCAUAUGUCCAGGUGGUGCUCUGGUGGCUGGGUGGGCUCAUUGGUUGGAACUCACCCUUCAUGGCAACCAUACAGGCUCCCCUCCUGCUGCCUUGAUCCUAGCCUGCAUGCCUCCAUGGAGUGUUUGCCUGCAUUCUUGCUGGAAUUUUUAACUAAAUGUUUUGCCGCUGUGCUGCAGUAUAGAUUAUGUAUAGAGACAUAAAGAUGUAUAUACACACACACAUACACACAUAUAUUUUUAAGAACUGAAAAUACAACUCGACCUCUAAGUGACCCUAUAAUUUAUUGUGCUAAUCCAGGAAUCCCUUCCCACUCCCCCUUACUCUACAUAACACGUACACCUCUACCAACUGCCCUAUUU